AUGAGCAAGCGAAAUCUUCUUUUGUGCUUCGACGCGUUCGGCACAUUGUUUAGCCCAAAGGCGUCCGUGGCCCAGCAAUAUGCCCAGGUCGCACACCAAUGCGGCGUCACCAGCUUCACCCAAGACGAGCUGCAGUCCCGCCUAUCAGCGGCGAUCAAUCAAGAAAGGGAGAGGAAUCCCAACUAUGGCAAGGAUACGGGACUUGGCGCCACUCGGUGGUGGACGAAUGUGAUCCAGGCGACCUUCAAACCCUUCAUCCCACAUAACCAAGCCCUACCGCCGGCUCUGGUCCCCAAGCUCAUACAUCGAUUCGCAUCCAACGAGGGAUACGCCGCGGAGAGCAGUCUCCUUUCUACGCUGAGGGCGUUUCGGCAGCGCAAAGCUCGACAGGGCUUCGAGCAGGUCAUUGUGGGCGUGGUGACGAAUUCAGAUGACAGGGUGCCGAGCAUUCUUUCUUCCUUUGGGCUGAAUGUCAGUCCCUUGCGCUACGGCACGCCAGGCGGGCCGCCCGUGUCGCCGGAGGAGGAGUACGACAUUGACUUUCACUGCAUGUCGUAUGAUGCAGGCGUCGAGAAGCCGGACCGGCGGAUAUUUCAGGCGGCUGAGCUCAUGCUGAGCCGUGUCAUCGCCAGCCGGGCUGGGCAAACCCCGACCCCCGCUGAGCUGGCGAGCUGGCAGAAAAUCUACGUCGGUGACGAGUAUGCCAAGGAUGUUGUGGGCGCUACGAAUGCGGGCUGGAACCCGGUGCUGCUUGAUGUCGAGGGGAGGGCCAUGGAGAUUCCCAAGUUGGAGGACUGCCCUGCCAAAAGUGUCAAUGCCCUGUUUACCGAACAUGAGGUUGUAAGGGUGCGUUCGUUACGAGACUUGGCCGCGUGGAUGACGGGCGUGGAAUGA